AUGGACACGAUGAUGCGCUGCGGACCGGCCAUCCAGAGCCAACCUACCACCUUUCCCAACACAUCGAAAGCCUUCGUCGCCAGCCACACUCGGCCGAGCGAUCACCCCUGGCCUUCGCACGAGUUUUGCCAAGCAUAUCGCGGCGACCCCGAACGAAAAGAGCGGAAGCAGGCCAAAGAGAGAAAGAGGCAGGAAGAGAGAGCGGCACAACAGCAGAAACAACAAAGAGAACAACCUCCGCCGAGCAUUUCUCCCUUCAAGCGGGCAAACACGUCUGAUGCCGGAAUGCUCGAGUGCUGCCCUGAUCAGAAGCAUCUGCGCGGACACGUUAAGCGAGCACACAAACGCAUCGACCUUUUGCAGUUCGAGAAAAGGGCCGCCGAGUGUAGCGGGUGGCAGGAUCUAGACUUCUGGAGGAACUACCGCAAUCAUCCCACUCGGACAGAGCCCUGCCGUGCGGCGAUUGCAGAUCAGCGAGAAGCGCGGGACCGGCAGCAAGAGGAGCCGUACCGGAGGAACCGAAGAUUGCAGGUUCCUUGA